GUCGGCGGACCGCGCACGGAUCGUCCGGCGGACUGGUUAGGACGCGGCUCCGCUCUGCCCCGGAGCCAGCAUGGACGGCUGCGCCAACCACAUGCCCAGCCCCAGCAGCCCCUCCGAGGAGCCCGCGGAGCCCCGGGCCAGCCAAGCCACCCUCCAGGAGGACGUGGACAUGAGCGGUGGCUCAAGCGGGAACGAGACCAGUGAGAACGGCUCGACGGGGCGGGACUCGCGGCACAGCGGCUGUGGAGACAGCGGCCGGGAGCCGGGGCUGCUGCUGGGGCCGCCAAGCGCGCGCCAGGGUCCUGAAACCUUUGGCCUGAUGAUGGCAAAGUCUGAACACCACCUGUCCACCAGCGGCUGCAGCAGCGAGCAGUCCACCAAAGCCGACGCCCACAGAGAGCUCAUCAAAACCCUGAAGGAGCUGAAGGUCCACCUCCCCGCGGACAGGAAGCCCAAGGGGAAGGCCAGCACCUUGGCGACCCUUAAGUACGCCCUGAGGAGCGUGAAGCAAGUAAAAGCCAGUGAGGAGUACUACCAGCUGCUGAUGUCCAGCGAGAACCACCCUUGCAGCACCCACGUGCCCUCCUUCACCGUGCAUGAGAUCGAGGGCAUCACCUCCGAAUUCAUCGUGAAGAAUGUGGAUAUGUUUGUGGCCGCUGUGUCCCUGGUGACCGGGAAGAUCCUGUACAUCUCUGACCAAGUGGCCUCCAUCUUUCGCUGUAAGAGGGAUGCCUUCUACAACGCCAAGUUUGUGGAGUUCUUGGCGCCCCAUGACGUGAGCGUGUUCCACAGCUCCACCACGCCGUACAAGCUGCCACCCUGGAGUGACCGCCGCCAAGCAGACUCUUUUACUCAAGAAUGUAUGGAGGAGAAGUCUUUCUUCUGCCGAGUCAGUGUCGGCAAAAACCACGAGAGCGAGAUCCGCUACCACCCGUUCCGCAUGACGCCCUACCUGGCCCAGGUGCGGGAGCAUCAGGGCGCGGAGAGCCAGCUUUGCUGCGUGCUGCUGGCGGAGAGAGUGCACUCGGGCUAUGAAGCCCCUAGAAUCCCUCCUGAAAAGAGAAUUUUUACGACCACACAUUCGCCCAAUUGUCUGUUCCAGGACGUGGACCAAAGGGAGUGGGGAGCCAGCCUCGUUCCUGGAGAUGAUGGGCCGGCCGCCGCUCCUGGAGGCCGUGUUCUGGCCGGCAUCCUGAGCGCGGCCGUGACCCCGCGUCACUGGCCUUGCAGGGCCGUCCCUCUUCUGGGCCACCUGCCCCAGGACCUGAUCGAGACCCCCGUGCUCGUGCAGCUGCACCCCAGCGACAGGCCCCUGAUGCUCGCCAUCCACAAGAAGAUCGUGCAGUCUGGGGGGCAGCCCUUCGACUACUCCCCGCUCCGGUUCCGCGCCCGAAAUGGGGAGUACGUCACACUGGACACCAGCUGGUCCAGCUUCAUCAACCCCUGGAGCAGAAAGAUCUCCUUCAUCAUUGGGAGACACAGAGUGAGGCUGGGGCCUCUGAACGAGGACGUGUUCUCUGCCCCGCCGGGCCUGGAGGAAAAGGCCCCGCAGCCCAGCGUCCAGGAGCUCAUGGAGCAGAUCCACCGGCUGCUGCUGCAGCCCGUGCCCCACAGCGGCUCCAGCGGCUACGGGAGCCUGGGCAGCAACGGGUCCCACGAGCAUCUCAUGAGCCAAACCUCCUCCAGCGACAGCGCCGGCCAGGAGGACCCCUGCCGGAGGAGAGCCGAAAUUUGUAAAAAUGGUAACAAGGCCAAAAGCAAAAGUCAUUACCCUGAUGAAUCUGGAGAACAAAAGAGCAAGCCAGCUUCAGAAAUGCAGAGCGGUUCCCCGACUCCGAUGAAAGCUGCUGCGGCUGCCGAGAAGGACAGCUCCGGGGCCAGCCUGCCCGAGGCCAGCCCUCCCGAGGGGCUGGCCUGCAGGGACCCGCCGGCCGCCUCCUACCAGCAGAUCAGCUGCCUGGACGGCGUCAUCAGGUACCUGGAGAGCUGCAGCGAGGCGGCCACCCUGAAGAGGAAGUGUGAGUUCGCUGCGAGCCUCCCCACGCCCCAGGCCGGCGACAAGCGCCUGGCCCUCGCGGGCCCCGGGCCACACGCCGCAGAGGCAGCAUCGCCCUCCCCAGUGAAGAGCCGCACGGACGUGGGCGCACGGCUGACGUCGCUGACGCUGCCCGGCAAGGCGGAGAGCGUGGCGUCCCUCAGCAGCCAGUGCAGCUACAGCAGCACCAUCGUCCACGUGGGCGACAAGAAGCCACCGCCAGAGCUCGAGCUGCUGGGAGAUGCUGCUGCGAGCGGGCCCGAGUCUCUGCAGUGCCCGGCAGGCCCUGCGCUGCCCUGCGGCCUCAGCCAGGACCAGGAGGCCUUCUGGAAGCUGGGCCUCACCAAGGAGGUGCUGGCCGCCCACACCCAGAAGGAGGAGCAGAGCUUCCUGCUGCGGUUCCGGGAAAUCAGGAAACUCGACGUUUUCCAGUCUCGCUGCCAUCAUUAUCUGCAAGAAAGGCCCAAGGGGCACUUGAGCAACAGGACUGCUCCCAGACUAAGAAAUACCUCUGGAAUAGACUCCUCUUGGAAAAAAAAUGGGAAAAACCGAAAACUGAAGUCCAAACGUGUCAAGCCUCGCGACUCCUCGGGCAGCACUGGGUCUGGGGGGCUGGCGCCCCAGCGGCCCCCACUGGUCAGCCUGAACACCACGGCCUGGUCCCUGUCGGACACGUCACAGUCCAGCUGCCCAGCGGUGCCCUUCCCUGACCCAGUGCCAGCGUACUCCCUGCCCUUGUUUCCAGCCCCAGGAAUAGUGCCCGCACCAGGGACCGUGGCCACAGGGUCCGGGGCUGCCCACACCAACCUUGCAGUGCCCAUGGAUGCCCACCAGGCGCUCAGGGUCCAUCCCACGCCGUUCGCCGGCCCCGUGGCCCCAGUCAUGGCAUUGGUCUUGCCUGGCUACUCCUUCUCCCCGGUGACCCCAACCUUGCCCGCAGCCUUCUUCCCCAACCAGCGGAACUUUGCAUCUGAGAUGUCUCCUGCCUCACAGCCCGAGUUCUUCCCCGAUCGGACCUCAGCCCCCAAACAGCCGUGCCCAUGUGCCCCGGCAGAGCAAGGGCAGUCCGCGUCGCGGGUGGCUACCCUGGGAACCCCGCCCUCGGCCGCCGGGCUCCCAGACAGGAACUCCCCGGCACUCUUCCAGUCCCGCGGAAGCUCACCACUGCAGCUCAACCUGAUGCAGCUGGAGGAGGCCCCUGAGGGCACCGCGGCAGCCACAGGGGCUGUGGGGACCGUGGGUGCAGGCACCAACUGCAAACCUGGCUCGUCCUGGGACUGGCAGCCCCAGUCACCUCCAACCCGCAAGGAGCCGGCGGAUGCCCCGAACAGCGACGCCCUGUCCUCCUCCAGCGGCCUCCUCCACCUGCUGCUGCACGGGGACCUCUGCUCGGCCACAGGCUCCGCGCUGUCCGGGAGUCGGGCCUCCGCCACCUCCUGCUCCCUGGGCUCGGGCUCCCUGGGCUGCGAUGCGUCCAGAAGCGGGCCAGGCAGCGGCAACACGAGCCACACCAGCAGGUAUUUCGGAAGCGUCGACUCUUCGGAGAAUAACCAUGGAGCAGCGGCGAAGGCGGAGGUGGGCGGGACUGAGCGCCUGCUCAGGGGUGUCCUCCAGGACCCCGUCUGGCUGCUGAUGGCCGACACGGACGACAGCGUCAGGAUGACCUACCAGAUGCCUGCACGAAACUUGGAGACGGUCCUGCAGGAAGACAGGGAGAAGCUGAAGGCACUGCAGAGGUUCCAGCCCAGGUUCACGGACGGGCAGAAGCAGGAACUGCAGGACGUCCACCCGUGGAUGCGGUUGGGCGGCGUGCCCACGGCCAUCGACGUGGCGGGAUGUGUUUACUGUGGAAACGAGGGAGAAGACAACCUCUGUGUGUCAUACGAGGAAGACAUCCCUACGCCGGGGCUCAGCGAAGUGACAGAGACCAAGGAAGGGGAGAGUGGGCCCGCCCGCGGCCCGGAAACGAGCGGCAGGCGCAGCGCCCCUCCCCAGGGCGGCCGCGCCGCCAGCGACGUCCGCUAGGCGGCGCUCUGGGGCGGGGCCGGGUUCGCGCGCGUCUCCGGUGAGACGGACGGAUACACUUUUGUGGCUUUUUUUGUUUUAGAAAAAAACCCAUAGUUUCCUGAAGGGGUGAUUUAAAACCAUGGAGGGCAGAAGACGUUUGCGAAGAAAUGCUAUUUUGUAUUUAUGAAUAAAAUACAAAUAUAGGGUGUUAGGGGACAGGGGAAGGAGACCUUCACUAUUUAACUCGAGAAAGACUGCCUGCCUCUUUGGGUCGGGAAGGCGGCUGGGCGCCCCCACGCGUCCUCAGACGGGCCGUCCCGGGUCCGCUGGCUCCCGCGGGCUGUCCCCAGGCCGCGCCCAGGCUGCGCCCACCCGCCGGGGGUCCCAGGGGCUCCCCGCUGCAGCACCGGUCCAGGGCUUGCCCCGCGUUUGUGUUUGUGUUGGGAUCAGAUCAAAUUCUGUCCUCUCCGGGGGCGGCUUUUUCUCUAAAUUAUUUAGUCAGACUGAUGUCUUUGAGACCUACCAAGUGGAGAUCACAGCCUCUGCUUAUUUUCUUUCAAAAACCUCCUUUUCAAAACGUUUCGCAUUAAACGGUGCGUAGUUUGAGAAACCCGCGGCUUCAGCCCCCAGUGCAGCUGCAGCAAACGGUUCAUCUGACAGAGUGUGCGUCCAGGGCGAAUCAGGUUGAACUGCGGGCUGCGGAUGAAAGAAGCCGACAGGUUCCUGUGGCCAGCUCCACCACGGAAGUCACACGUCCUCGGAAACACGGCGCAGACCCUUCCGGGUGUUGCUGCAGCAUCCGUGCACCCUGUUCAGACCGGGAUGCCCGCGUGUCAGUGAAAGCGUGCUGCUGGCCGUCCCCGUCUCGGCACUUGGCCCUCCCAGCCAGGCUGUGACCGCCACGUUUGGGACUCGGCGCGUGUUGGUCCAUCGUUGGCACUUGCCAGGCGUCAGCUCUGGCGCAGCCGAGCCAGCCACUCCUCCUGGCUGAGCUGGGCGCCCCGCACCCUUUUCAUGAGCCUUCGCUCACUGAUGCCGCUUCCGGUCUCUGCAGAGACGUCCCCUAUUGUCGCUGGCACUUUUGGGAGGACACCCGGGGAAGAGUGAGACCAGACUGCUCACCUUUUUGCAAAACCUCACAUCGCAUCGUAUAUCCCAAAGAUAGCUUAGAAGAAAUGUUAUACUGGUCCCUGGAGUGAAUGAGAAGCUGCCCCUGAUGAAACGAUUGACUUAACAGUUGCGCUGAGUCCAUAGCAACUUCAAAGAAAGCAGCUUCCCCCCGGCCGCCCCCGCCCAUCCUUUGAUGGAGAAGCAGCUACUAGAAGAGGUGAAGCCUCCUUGUAAUCCAGUUGGUUUUCAUAGUAAAAUUAUUUUAUGUCUGAAUAUCAACCUUACUUUUCAUAAAUGCAAAAAGUUUAAUUAUUUUUUUAAACGUAAAAGCAGCAUCUUCAGAUCCCCAAGGCAAGGUGUAGUCUGUGAGUUUGUAUGGCGAUCAGAUGCUACGAACGGCUUCUUGCCUGAGUCGGAUCAUCAAGGGAUAGUCAAGGUUGCAUUGACUUUACCUGAACUGCCAAAAGGUUCUCUCCUGUUAUUGAAUGUUUACCAUCAGCAUUAUCUUACUAUUUAUGUCUGCCUGUUGGUUAGGUGCCAUGUAGCUUCGACGCGUGCUGAGCAGUGGACCGUAGGAGCAGCUUGUGAAACUGUUUCCACGGUGCCGACACGCAUCCAGUCUUGUUCUCUCUAAUGUGUGUGCUUACAUGGGCGUUACAAGGCUUCCUCUCAAUUUUAAACUGAGCCUUCUUUUUAACAUAUUCCUGAAAAGGUAUGUAAAUAAGCUCUCAGAGUCUGUGUGGCAACAUGUCAAGCCUUGCCGGACAAGUGGUUUGUUUAUGCUCAAGCCAGACUUUCUCCACCCAGUGCAAUAUGUUUGUUGGGCUGCUUGUGUCUUUUUAUGACUUUUUUGCCUUUUAGAAAAUUGGUAAAUAAAGCAAGUAUAUUUUUAUUUUGUAUAGUUUUAAUA